AGCGUUUUUGCUUUGCUAAUCAUUCAGCACUUUGAGCUGGUUACAGCGAGUACAGAUAUGGCUGCUCUUCAUACGUUCAGUGCAAUAGCAGUUAUUUUAAUCAUAAUAGAUGCAGCCAAAUGCAUUGAUGUCAAUAUAACAGGCGCUGGUGUUGUCAGAGGCACUAGCCGAACGCUGGAAGGCAGAGUGGUGGACACAUUUACAGGCAUACCAUAUGCAAAACCACCAACCGGCAACCUCAGGUUCAAAGCCCCAGAAAAGGCCAAAGCAUGGGAAGGAGUCAGGAAUUCAACAAGUACUAUCUAUUGUCCACAGAAGAGUAUUUUGUCAAGCGAUAUAUUUGGGAAUGAGGAUUGCCUUUACCUUAAUGUUUAUCGUCCGAGGAAUUCACCUGGCACGAAUGUGUCUGUUAUGGUUUGGAUUCACGGUGGUUCAUACAGAUAUGGAGCAGGGGGUAUUUACGAUGGCGAAAUGCUUGCAGCUGCAAACAACGUCGUUGUUGUUACUGUCAAUUAUCGUCUUGGUCUGCUCGGUUUCUUCUACGUUCCUGGAACGCAAACAAAAGGCAACUACGGUCUCCGGGACCAGAUUUUGGCACUCCAAUGGGUUCAGAGCCAUAUUCAAAGUUUCGGGGGUGACCCAAAACAGGUAACUAUUUUUGGGGAAAGUGCAGGUUCCGGUAGUGUGACAUUGCUGAUGUUGUCACCAUUGGCAAAAGGUCUGUUCAAAAGAGUCAUAGCCCAAAGUGGAGUGCCAUCAAAUUACUGGGCCGUACAAAGACCUCAGAACAACAGCCUUGCACGCAAGAUUGGAGAAACCCUUCACUGUAACAACACUAACAAUCUAACCUCUUGCAUGCGAGGUAAAAGCUGGCAGGAACUAAUGAAAGUGCAGGUUAAACUCUUUGAGGCCCAUCCCUGUGUCACACCUACGGUUGACGGUGUGGUGAUCACUGAGUACCCGCCGGACCAGAUGAAAAAUGACACCCUCCAUGCUUCAGGUGUUGAGCUGUUGCUAGGGUUUAAUAAAGAUGAAGGAUCCAUGUUUAUCCCUAGUCUUACAAAAUGGGAUGAAUCUGUAUACAGGGGUCUUCUUCAUGAACGGAUACAAUGGCAAUAUGAAAUGAGCACUGGGCUCGUUGUUGACAUGGCAGCUUUUGAGUAUACACACUUUGAGCAGAAAAUAGCGUGGCUGAAAUAUGUUCUUAGCAUUAAUGAUUUCAUUAAUGACUUUGAUUUCAAAAUCGGGAUUUCAAAUUUUGCCGACGCAUGGGCAAAGACAGGAGCAAAAACAUACCUUUAUCAUUUCACACACAUGCCAAAAUAUGCAAGAGUACCGACUUGGGGAGUGGCACAUGCUAUCGAGAUCGAUUUCAUAUUUGGAAAAGCCCUGUAUUCCAUUGCAGAUCCUAAGCGAUAUUCAGGAACUCUGGUAGCAAAUUUUACGAGCGAAGAACGAAACAUCAGCAGAACAAUGAUGGGAAUGUGGACUGACUUUGCAAAAACUGGGAUCCCAGCAAAUACAUGGCCUACUUAUAAUGGAAUAAAGAUGGAAUACCUUGAGAUCCAAGAAAAAACCAUGGUGAAAUCUAAUUUCGGCCCGAAGAAGAUGCAUUUCUGGAAUAAGUAUGUCCCGGGAAUGAUGAAGAGAGUCAAUGAAAAGACCUGCCCAACACUUAAGCCAGUUGUGUGCACGACAGCAAGCCCGUCAAUAACUUCAACAACAACGAAAAAAGUCGUCAAUAGAAGCUCAAAGAACGAACAUGCUUUUGUAUUUAUUUACAUUUUUGCAGCCGCUUUUCUCUUUGCGUUGUAAGCAAAGCUGCUGUCAUAAAACAAACCCACUUUUUAAAGCCGAACAUCGGGAUGUUCUUCUUAAGUAAUUACUAAGAUAAUCUGCUUAGCAUUUGAAAA